AUGUACAGUGUUAAUGCUAAGGUCGCGCUAACCUCAGAUGCGAGUAAGCAGUGCGCACGUUGGGACUGCUCGCGGUCAACAUCAGAGGCAGUCUACUGCCGUGAGAGCUGCUUAGCUCUGGUCACUUCCGACGCACAGUCGAGACUCCCCGCUUGCACCACUGACGUGUACGCCUCAGCUGCUAAAUUCGUUGGCGUUGCUUCCAAGCUCCUCAAGUCUCUAAGGGACAAUACCGAGAGCGGAAUUCCUCAGCUCCUCUCUCCCGACUUGCUUCAAAUCCCUCCUUGGGAAUCCGGUAUGUUCGACUAUGAUUUUGCUGAUCAAAGAGUAGACUACUGUAACUGGAUCUUCACUGGCUUGAGUCCGAUUCCUAACUCCACGACUACGUCGGGCUUCAAGUGGGAAGGAGGAGGCCGUGUGAAGAUGAUUGGGGAAGUGAGGCAUUGCGUUUUCAAGCCAUCUCCUGGACAAGACCGCAAGUGGAAGCUCCACCAGUUUUCAAGUCCGGAUUUGAUGGGGAAAGCCGUGUAUCUCAUGCAUUGCGACAGAUAA